UUGCAUGCCCAUUUGCUUUCUCAUUCAGAGUUGAUUUUCAGACAUGGCGACGACCAUGAACUACUUGCCAUCAUCCACCAAAUGGUUCUCUGACUUGGAAGGGGAAGAAUACAACGUGAUCCACUCAUACCAUAUGAAUUCAUUCCUUGAAGAUCAAACUCUUCCACAAUCAAACUUCGCAUCCAUUAAUUACACCGCCGAUUAUAAUGAUUCUUCUUCUUUUGAUGUAAUGGAAGAGAAACCUUUGAAACUCCUCAAGACCCUUCACGUAUCUCCAACACUUUCAUCUCCCCCUCCUCCUCCUCCUCCUCCUCCUCAAAAGAUUCAGCCUUCGACUCAGAUUCUCUCUUUUGAAAACGGCGGCUCAAAUGCGAAUAACUCUUCACCCGAACGAAGGAAAGAUCAUCGGCCAGUUAAAAGGGCUCAUUCGAUGAAUCGAAGCCAUUCACAAGCUCAAGAACACAUAAUCGCCGAGAGAAAACGAAGGGAGAAGCUUACUCAAAGACUUGUAGCUCUUUCUGCCAUGGUUCCUGGCUUGAAGAAGAUGGACAAGGCUUCUGUGCUCGGAGAUGCAUGCAAGUAUAUAAAACAUCUCCAAGAAGUGAGAGAAUUCGAAGAAGAAAAGAAGGAAAGGUCAAUGGAAUCCAUUGUUCUCUUCAAAAAGUCUCACCUGAUUCUUGACGCUGGCAAAUCCGACGGCUCAAACGUAAUUCUUCCAGAGAUCGAAGUUAGGGUUUCAUCUAAAGAUGUCAUGAUCAAGAUUAUAUGUGAGAAGCAAAAGAGUUUUGUUACGAAAAUUCUUGCCGAGAUCGAGAAGUUUCGGUUAUUCAUCAUCAAUAGCAGUGCCUUACCCUUUGGAGCCACUCUCGACAUAACUGUGAUCGCUCAGAAGGAGCGCGAUUUCGACUUGGCAUUAACGGAUUUGGCGAAGAAACUGAGAUCGGCUUUAUUGGAGUUCAUGUGAUUGGUCUUACACUGUAUUGAAAAGCCCAUGGUUAUGGUGAUUUGUCAUGAAAAAUUUAGCUGAUAUAAGUUUGUAAUAAGGGGUUCCUCUUCGUUAAUUGUUCUUGUUCCAAAGUGUUGGGAAUCUAAGUAGUUGUUGUGUUUGACCUAGUCGUGGGCGAUCAGACCGUUUGGUUUAAUCAAAUUCGGUUAAUU